AUGCACGACCGGCCUCCGUCGGACGGCUCUCCGGCCUCUCCGGCCGCUGCCGCCCGCGUUGCUGCCGAUCCAGUCCCUCUCACGCUCAGCGAUACCCGCACAACCUACGACAACUUUGAGGUCGCCGGCUUUGGCCAGGCGCUCUCAUCAGCAAGUCACCCAGGCACCAACUCCUGGGCGUUUACGCUUGACUACGAAACCAUGCAGUGGAUGCAGCUCGAUCAAAACGGCGACGCCAACAGCUGGCCCCUGGGCGAGUUCCUUGCGCUCAGGAUGAGGCACGGAGCCAACGGAGCCAUCGCGCAUGCCCGCAUCGCGUGCGGCUCCGAGGUCUCCCGCCGAGACCGGCUCGGCGCGGCGCGUGGCCGCACGCCGCCGUCGAAAAGGCGAUAG